GUAAAAUCCUGAGGAUCCCCUGAAGGCAUCAGUAUUGUUGUUGUCUGGUGUGCAUGAACGUGUGGAGUAUCUUCCUUUAAUAGUUUGCUAUCAAGUCGACACCACUUUUGUUAAGUACGCCAACUAAUAACACAUAUGCCAGGGCGUUGUUCAGACGGUAGAACUGCUAAAUGUAUUUCACAGGAGGUCACUGGCUCGUUAUCAUACGGCAAAGCUGAAGCUAGCAGCUAGCUGUGCUAUCAGCCGAAGCAAAUCGGAAGGCAGGCAGAGAAGACCAUCAUCUAAAACUGAAGUAGUUUGGUUAAAGUUUGUAGUUUGUCGGUAAAAUUCCUGCUGUAAGGCUGCCCUGAGCAAAAGCUCUAUGAUGGACGUGGCCACUAGAAUUGAGUGUAUAUUUUUCAGUGAGUUUCACCCUACUCUCGGCCCCAAGAUAACAUAUCAGGUCCCAGAGGAAUACAUUUCUCGGGAGCUCUUUGACACAGUUCAGGUUUAUAUAAUCACCAAGCCCGAACUGCAAAACAAAUUAAUAACAGUCACUGCCAUGGGCAAAAAGUUAAUCGGAUGUCCUGUGUGCAUCGAACAUAAAAAGUAUAGCCGCAACGCCCUCCUGUUUAACCUUGGCCUUGUUUGUGAUGCCCAAACCAACACAUGUGCCCUCGAGCCAAUUGUCAAGAAGCUGUCAGGGUACCUGACCACCCUGGAGCUGGAGAGUGGCUUCAUUUCCAAUGAGGAGAGCAAGCAGAAACUUUUACCAAUCAUGUCAACCUUGAUGGAAGACCUCAAUGCCACAGGAGCCUGUACUCUCCCUAUUGAUAAAUCGAACACCAUCCAUCUGAAACUAAUCCAACUUAGGAAGGACCCCCCAAUAGUACAGGAAUACGAUGUUCCAGUUUUCACGCAGUGUAAAGAGCAUUUUAUCAAAUCUCAGUGGGAUCUCACCACUCAACAGAUCCUGCCCUAUAUUGAUGGAUUUAGACACAUCCAAAAGAUUUCAGCUGAAGCGGAUGUAGAGCUGAAUCUAGUUCGUAUUGCUGUGCAGAAUCUCAUGUAUUAUGGUGUUGUGACUUUGGUGUCUAUAUACCAGUACUCUAAUGUGUACUGCACUACCCCCAAAGUCCAGAGCCUCAUGGACGACAAGUCCAUUCAGGAGGAGUGCCUCAACUACAUCACCAAGCAGGGUCAAAAACGGGCCAGUCUAAGAGAUGUGUUCCAGCUGUACUGUGGUCUGAGUCCAGGAACCACAGUCCGAGACCUUUGUUCUCGCUACUCGCAGCAGCUUCAAAGGGUUGAUGAGAGGAGGCUUAUCCAGUUUGGACUGAUGAAGUCUCUCAUUCGACGGCUGCAGAAAUAUCCGGUGAAGGUGAUCCGUGAUGAGAGGAGCAGGCCGCCUCGACUCUUUACUGGUUGCCACAGUUAUGAUGAGAUCUGCUGCAAAACAGGGAUCAGUUACCAGGAGCUGGAUGAACGUUUGGAAAAUGAUCCCAACAUCGUGGUGUGCUGGAAGUGAUGUGAUAUGAACUGAAAACAAAACAAAAAAAAACCCAGCUCUGUGGUGCAGACAACCAUCUGACUGAAAGAUACAGAGAUGCCUCAACCAAAGACGCCUUCAGCGAGAGGAAGCGUUUUCUUGGAAUAACCAUGAAAAGUGAAAGUGAAGUAGUAUUUUGUAAAUUCAACACCUAGGUCAAGUGAGGAAGGUGAUAUUUUAAUAAUGUUGUAGAAAAGAAAAUAUGUAAUUAAUAAAAGAAAUAAUAACA